GUCGUGGAGGUGUAAAACGUAUAUCUGGUUUAAUAUAUGAAGAAACACGUGGUGUCUUAAAAGUAUUUUUGGAGAAUGUUAUCCGUGAUGCAGUCACCUAUACUGAGCACGCUAAAAGGAAGACAGUUACAGCAAUGGAUGUUGUAUAUGCUUUGAAGAGACAAGGACGUACCUUGUAUGGAUUCGGCGGUUAAACCAUUUUUACUAUCAAAUAUGAAAAUCUAACAAAACGGUCCUUUUCAGGA